AAAAAAAAAAAAAAAAAAAAAGGUUUAAUUCAUUUGUAACGUUUCCACCUGAAGGCGUAUUUUCAGAGCUUUUUCCUUACAAAAGGCGUGGAUUCCGUGAGGUGGCGAAAACCGUGGCUCUUUUGCCUCAUUUUCGCUAAAAGCGUCAUGUCAACCACACGACUUUUUGGAAAAUCUGUUUUGUUCACGUCAUCAGCAAAGAUAGGUACUUAGACCAGCAUAUAAAUACAAAUAUUUUUUUUCACGCAGAUAAAUUUUCUAAAUUCCGAAGCUCCAUUCCCCACAAAAAAUUGUUGAAUCGGUAUGGCCCGGUUGAUGCCUGGCAUGAGGACUCUUUUGUUUUGAUGCAUGUUUGGAGUUUUACCUGUGUGUAUUUGUGGAAGCAUCUUAAUUUAAUCUUUCCAUGGGGGCACCUAAGCAAAAAUGGACCCCGGAAGAAGAAGCAGCCCUCAAAGCUGGAGUAAUUAAGCAUGGCCCCGGCAAGUGGCGCACGAUUCUUAAAGAUCCAGAGUUCAGUGGUGUUCUGUGCCUACGCUCAAAUGUGGAUCUUAAGGAUAAAUGGAGAAACAUGAGUGUCAUGGCAAAUGGCUUGGGAUCAAGAGAGAGGUCGCGGUUGGCAUUCAAAAGAAUGCAUAGCUCAGCUAAACAGGGGGAGAACUAUAUGGGCAUUGGCUCUGUAACUCAAAGUGAUGAUGAUACUGUCGAUCCAAGGUCCCAUGCAACAUCUAGUGGUUCUCCACAGAUUGGAAGCUCCAAAAGAUCGAUUAUAAGGUUGGACAAUCUCAUCAUGGAAGCUAUAAACAAUCUGAAGGAACCUGGCGGUUCUAAUAAGACAACAAUAGCUGCAUACAUAGAGGAUGAGUAUUGGGCGCCACCAAACUUCAAAAGACUUUUGUCUUCAAAAUUGAAGUACUUGACUGCGACUGGGAAACUUGUAAAGAUGAAACGGAAGUAUAGAAUCGCAACAGCUUCAGCAUUAUCUGAGAAGAGAAAAAGGUCUUCUAACCCAAUGCUAGAAGGACCUUUGGAAGGGAGGCACAGGUAUUCGCCUACUCUUGACCACCAAGAUGACCUUGCUACUCUCAUGAAAUCCGAGGUUGAUUUAGAGCUUGCUAAAAUCAGAAAUAUGACACCACAAGAGGCUGCCGCUGCCGCUGCCCAAGCGGUUGCUGAAGCUGAAGCUGCCAUAGCUGAUGCUGAAGAGGCUGCAAGAGAAGCAGAGGCAGCCGAAGCUGAUGCAGAAGCAGCAAUGGCUUUUGCAGAAGCAGCUAUGAAGACACUGAAGGGAAGAAAUACACCAAGGAUGAUGAUUCGUGCGUGAUUAUCUUGAGGGCGCAAUGAGCAUUUCAAAAACAAUGACUUUUAGAGCUUCCUUGUGAUCCAGUAUGAUGUUUGCAUAGUUUUUUUGAUCGCUUGAACUGUAGAUGUAAAUAUGGGUAAAAUAUGUUCGGUCUUGAGCUAUGAUUUAUAGGGUCAGUAGUAAAUCCUUCAACUGGAGAUUUGGUACUGCUUUAAAAUUCUUCUGUAGUAUAUCAGACUUUUUAGGACGUUAUGUGUUUCUACUGAUUUCUUUCAAGGCCGUCCUUUGGUAUUGUGUUGGCAUCUCUGUUUGUGAGGUCGUAGAUGGCUGAAAAUCAAGUGCCAAAACGGAUAAUUAUACUUGGGAUGUUGCCCUCAGUGCCUGAGGUUUUCAAUGAUUGUUCGUUGUGAUGCUUGAAAUGGGAAGAAUGUUGGAAAGUGAACAUUUCAGGAGUUCCGUUUCAGAAUAAUCUCACUCAGAGGUGGGCAAAUUUGGAUGGAAACCUUUGGGCAACUUCAUCAGCAUGCCACCUUACAGUUACGGGACCAGUUUAAAAGUUGGCUUGGGUAGUUGGAUGGUUUAAGGGAGUGUCAAAAAGAUGAGCACAACCUUCUCUGUUUAGUCUUUUGGGAAGAGGGAAAAAAAAAAAAGUAUUACUGUUGAUACAUUCAUUUUAAGGAUACCAGGGCGCACAAGUCAUGUUACUCCAAUUGAAUUCAUUUUAAAAGGCAGCCAUCACAUUUAAGCUAUAAGAAUUUGGAUAAAAGUAUUCUCUUUUUAUUCUGAAAACAAGUAGGAAAUAGAUUUGUCGUACACAUAAACGAAAGGCCCGGUUUGAAGAAAAUUAAUAUUCUUUUUGUUCUAUAAAAAAAAG